AUGGCUUGCUCACACUUUUGGGCGGGCCCCGUCGAACGCGUGCGCGGUGGCUGGCUAUCGCUUAUCGGAGGAGGCAUCGGGAUCACGUCAUUCCUGCCAUGGGUAGCCAACUACUGGAGUGUCAAGAAGACGCUCAAGUGUUUGGUUAAGACGAUGGACGGGGCUUCUGAGGUGUAUUGCCGAAAGGACGUGAGUGUAGAGCAUAGGCUUGACUUUGGCGAGCUCCUGGUCGAGGAACACUGCUCUGUGCUCGAGCUAGAGAUGGAUGCAUACUCGUGGUGA